AUGCAUAGACGACAGUUUUUCCAGGAAUACCAUAGUCCCCAACAGCAGCAAGGACACCCACCAAGAUCGGAAUACCAAGUUCUCGAAGAAAUCGGGAGAGGUUCAUUUGGUUCAGUACGAAAAGUUAUCCAUAUUCCUACCAAGAAACUCUUGGUUAGAAAGGAUAUCAAAUAUGGGCAUAUGAACAGUAAAGAAAGACAACAACUGAUCGCCGAAUGCAGCAUUCUGUCACAAUUGAAGCAUGAAAAUAUAGUAGAAUUUUAUAAUUGGGACUUCGAUGAACAAAAAGAGGUUCUAUACCUUUAUAUGGAGUACUGUUCCCGAGGUGAUUUAUCUCAAAUGAUUAAGCACUAUAAACAGGAACAUAAAUAUAUACCAGAAAAGAUCGUAUGGGGUAUCUUGGCUCAGUUAUUGACAGCACUCUAUAAAUGCCAUUAUGGUGUCGAAUUGCCAACUUUGACGACAAUUUAUGAUCGAAUGAAACCUCCAGUAAAGGGGAAAAACAUUGUUAUUCACCGUGAUCUAAAACCAGGUAAUAUAUUUUUGAGCUAUGAUGACAGUGAUAACAGUUUCAAUGAAGAAGUAGAGGGCCACGAUGAAAUAAAUAAUAACUAUUACAGAGACCGUAGAGUUAAUUCGAGUAAAAAGGGAAGCUCCAUGGACUAUAGUCAAGUUGUGGUUAAGUUAGGUGAUUUUGGGUUGGCUAAGUCUCUCGAAACUAGUAUUCAAUUUGCGACUACGUACGUGGGUACACCAUACUACAUGUCACCUGAAGUGUUGAUGGACCAGCCAUACUCGCCUCUAUCUGACAUCUGGUCAUUGGGUUGUGUUAUUUUUGAGAUGUGUUCAUUACAUCCUCCAUUCCAGGCAAAAAAUUAUCUAGAAUUACAAACCAAAAUUAAAAACGGGAAAUGCGACACUGUUCCUGAGUACUACUCUAGGGGGCUUAAUGCCAUAAUACAUUCAAUGAUAGAUGUAAAUUUGAGGACCAGACCUUCAACUUUUGAAUUGUUGCAAGAUAUUCAAAUACGAACCGCAAGGAAGUCGUUGCAAUUAGAAAGAUUCGAAAGAAAACUACUGGACUAUGAAAAUGAACUGACGAACAUCGAAAAAAUCCUAGAGAAGCAAGCUAUUGAAUAUGAAAGAGAACUGAGUCAACUGAAGGAGCAAUUUACACAGGCUGUAGAGGAAAGGGCGAGAGAAGUAGUCAGUGGUAAGAAAAUUGGUAAAGUUCCAGAAUCUAUUAACGGAUAUUAUAGUAAAAAAUUUGUCAAACCCGCAUACCACUGGCAAACAAGAUACCGAUAA